GUUUCCUCCAUCUUCGUUCAAUAAUAAUAAAAAAAAACGCACUUCUCUUCUCUUCUCUUCUCUUCCAUCUGAAGAGGCUCUGAGGAAGAAGAUUAGAGAGGCAGAAGAAAAACAACAAAGAUGAAAGGAAGCAGCUUUCGAUUCUACGCCACACUCUUCCUCUCUUUCCUUUUCUUCUCCUUAUCUCGCGCCUUCUAUCUCCCCGGAGUCGCUCCUCGUGAUUUUCAAAAGGGGGAUCCUCUUUAUGUCAAAGUGAACAAAUUGUCUUCUACCAAGACCCAACUUCCUUAUGACUACUACUAUCUGAAUUACUGUAAGCCUAGUAAGAUCUUGAACAAUGCUGAGAAUCUUGGGGAGGUUCUCAGAGGUGACCGCAUUGAGAAUUCCGUUUAUACUUUUCAAAUGCUGGAGGAUCAACCUUGCAAAGUUGGUUGCCGUGCUAAACUUGACGCUGAGUCCACCAAAAAAUUCAAGGAAAAAAUCGAUGAUGAAUACCGGGCUAAUAUGAUUCUUGAUAAUCUUCCAGUAGCUGUACUUAGACAACGGAGAGAUGGGAGUCAGUCCACUACUUAUGAGCAUGGUUUCCGUGUUGGCUUCAAAGGGAGUUAUGAAGGGAGCAAAGAGGAGAAGUAUUUUAUCCAUAAUCACUUGAGCUUCCGAGUUAUGUACCACAGAGAUCUAGAGUCUGAUUCUGCUAGAAUUGUUGGGUUUGAGGUUACUCCUAACAGUAUCUUGCAUGAGUACAAAGAGUGGGACGAAAACAAUCCUCAGCUAGCGACAUGCAACAAGGACACAAAGAACUUAAUCCAAAGCACUACUGUCCCUCAAGAAGUUGAGCAAGGGAAAGAGAUUGUGUUUACAUAUGAUGUCUCAUUUAAGGAGAGUGAAAUCAAAUGGGCUUCUCGGUGGGACACAUACCUCCUCAUGAACGACGAUCAAAUCCACUGGUUUUCCAUCAUUAACUCACUUAUGAUCGUCCUCUUCCUCUCCGGAAUGGUAGCCAUGAUCAUGAUGAGAACUCUGUACAAGGACAUCUCAAACUACAACCAGCUGGAGACACAAGACGAGGCUCAGGAAGAGACUGGAUGGAAGCUUGUGCACGGCGAUGUCUUCAGACCACCGGUGAACUCUGGAUUGCUGUGUGUUUACGUCGGCACAGGUGUUCAGAUCUUCGGAAUGUCGCUUGUCACAAUGAUGUUUGCGUUGCUUGGUUUCUUAUCUCCAUCCAACAGAGGAGGACUCAUGACCGCCAUGGUUCUCUUGUGGGUCUUCAUGGGGAUAUUCGCUGGCUACUCCUCGUCUCGCCUUCACAAAAUGUUUAAAGGAGACAAGUGGAAGAGAAUGACGCUGAAGACUGCGUUCAUGUUUCCUGGUAUCCUCUUUGCGAUCUUCUUCGUUCUGAAUGGCCUCAUCUGGGGUGAGCAGUCGUCUGGAGCUAUACCUUUCGGUACAAUGUUUGCUCUGUUCUGCCUCUGGUUCGGCAUAUCAGUCCCGCUAGUCUUCGUCGGUAGCUACCUGGGAUACAAGAAGCCAGGGAUCGAAGACCCGGUCAAAACAAACAAGAUCCCAAGGCAAGUACCAGAGCAGCCAUGGUACAUGAGACCGGUCUUCUCCAUACUAAUAGGAGGCAUCCUACCGUUUGGAGCAGUCUUCAUAGAGCUCUUCUUCAUCCUGACAUCAAUAUGGCUGAACCAGUUCUACUACAUCUUCGGUUUCCUCUUCAUAGUGUUCUUGAUCUUGAUAGUCACCUGCGCGGAGAUCACGGUGGUGCUAUGCUACUUCCAGCUUUGCAGCGAGGAUUACAACUGGUGGUGGAGAGCUUACUUAACAGCAGGCUCAUCUGCUUUCUACCUCUUCCUCUACUCGAUCUUUUACUUCUUCACGAAGCUGGAGAUAACAAAGCUAGUCUCGGGGAUGCUCUACUUCGGGUACAUGAUCAUCAUCUCUUACGCCUUCUUUGUCCUAACUGGCACAAUUGGUUUCUACGCUUGCUUCUGGUUCGUGAGGAAGAUCUACUCUUCGGUGAAGAUUGACUAGAAACACAAGACAGAAGAAACCAACUCUGAUAAGUCUGCAGAAAAGAAAAGAGUUUUUUUUUGAGGUUAUUGUAUGUUUGGGUGAUUGUAGUAGCUGUGACAAAGUAAACGAAUCAAAUCAACUUUUUAAUUUGUUUUCUA